GGGGUGGCUCCACUUUGCUUUUGCACUCGACUACUUUGCUGCCUCCUCUGCAGCUGCCUGACCUGCUUCUGCUGCUGCUCAGGGAGAACAUCUUGGGGAUUACCUUGCAGACCACUGGGAAGAUGAUGAGCUCAAGUUAUUGGAGUGAGAUGAGCAGCAGCAGCUGUGGGACUCAGCAGUCCCAAGAGGUGCUGCCAUGCCAGCCCCAGCAUUACCACUGUUACCGUCAGUCAAGCCAAGCCCAGCAGCCUCCAGAAAAAACUGUAGUGUACCAGCGAGUGAGGACUUACAGUGGGCCCAUGAACAAGGUGGUUCAGGCUUUGGACCCUGUCGGCUCAGGAGAAGUGCUCUCCCCUCUCAAAACUGCCUCCUCCUACCAAAGCUUGGUUUGGAGUGACCAUUCCCAGGAACUUCAUUCUCCAACUCUGAAAAUAUCCACUGGUGUCCCAGGCACUCUACAUAUAACCCCAAAUACUGAACAGUGUGAAGAUUUUUUUCUCACCAAGGAAAUCCAUUCUCCAACAGUGAAAGUUACUACAUAUCCUCAAACCACUAUAAGGCGAUAUAUAGUGCAAAAUCCUGAACAGGAACCUCUGUCACCAUUCCUAAGAGGAGGCCAUUUCUUUCCAGGAAAUAAUGUUAUUUAUGAAAAAACCAUAAGAAAAGUGGAGAAACUAAAUAUGGAUCAGGAAUGCUAUCCUCAGGUUCAGUGCAAUCAUCACAUUGUUCAACAGCCCCAGAUCAUCCACUCUCCACACUGUGAACAAUCCCAUUCUAGUCAGAAAAUCCAAACCAUCACAGGAAGUGAUUCAGUUUCUACAAACACUGGAAUUGAACUGUGUCAUGGUGGCUCAAACCAUACACAUGAGCAGGUGAUAAUUCAGGAUGACAGCCCUGAAAAAUUGGACCCGAAAUAUUUUGGAGAAUUGCUUGCUGAUCUAAGCCGCAAAAAUAUGGAUCUAUAUCACUGUUUAUUAGAACAUUUGCAGAGAAUUGGAGGAAGCAAACAGGACUUUGAGUCUAUAGAUGAGUCAGAAGACAUUGAAUCAUUGAUUCCAAAAGGAUUGUCAGAAUUUACAAAACAGCAAAUUCGCUAUAUUCUGCAGAUGAGGGAUAUUUCUGAUAAAUCUCUUCGACUAGUGCUGUCCACAUUCAGCAACAUACGGGAAGAGCUUGGACAUCUUCAGAAUGACUUGACAUCACUGGAAAAUGAUAAGAUAAGGCUUGAGAAAGACUUGACAUUCAAAGAAACUCAAAUAAAAGAGUAUGAAGAUCUCUUGGCAUCAGUGAGAGCUGAUAAUCGCCAACAGCAGCAAGGAUGUCAAGACUCAACCUCAAAAUGCCAAGCAUUGGAAGAAGACAAUCUCUCUCUUCAGCAUACGCUAUCAGACAUAGAAUAUAGACUAAAAGAAUUGGAAUACUGUAAGCGUAAUUUAGAGCAAGAGAAUAAAAAUCUUAGAAUGCAGGUUUCUGAGACUUGCACAGGCCCGAUGCUGCAGGCUAAAAUGGAUGAGAUUGGCAACCAUUACAUGGAGAUGGUAAAAAACUUAAGAAUGGAGAAAGACAGAGAGAUCUGCAAACUAAGGACUCAAUUAAAUCAGUACCAAAAAGAUGUUUCAAGAAGAGAAGGAAGCUGCAGUGAUUUCCAAUUCAAGAUUCAUGAACUGACAAGUUUGCUGGAAGAGAAGGAUUCCCUUAUAAAGCGUCAGUCAGAGGAACUCUCAAAGUUGAGACAAGAAAUAUAUUCAUCUCAUAACCAACCCUCCAGUGGUGGAAGGACAACUAUUACAACUAGAAAGUACAGGACACAGUAUCCAAUCCUAGGCCUCUUGUAUGAUGACUAUGAAUAUAUACCACCAGGUAGUGAUACACAAACUAUUGUGAUUGAGAAAACAGAAGACAAAUGGACUUGUCCAUGAAUGAAUCUCCAGCUCAAAGGAAUUUUUUUGUGUCUUCAUUAGUACUUUUUUUCAUAACAAAAGCCAAUCAAUAUUUUAAACUAUGCUACAAAGCUGCAAGUCUAAUGGAAUUAAUUAGUUAUACAGAUGACAGUUUCUCCAGUCAUUUAUAAGGCUUGAAUCCUUUCUAUCACAUUUUUGUAUUCAGUAUAGCAACAUACUAAUUUUUAAAACUCAAUUACAAACUGUAGGACUUAAUCCACUCUUUUUCAAUAGGGUGCUUCCUAGACAGAGUUAAUUUUGUUGGGGUAGAGAUUUUACAAGUUAUCUCACUAAAAGUUUUCCUAUGAUAUUAGAAUGCAGUUUAGCUGCAGGAGUAAAUACUUUUUUUAAUGACAACAACAAAAAGCAAUAUUAUUGAAUUUAAAAAAACAGUUUAAUGCAUGGUAUAUACAGAAUAUAUUUGCUAUUUUCAUAUUAAACCUUGUGAUUAAAGUAGAUAAUUACAUGUACAAAGGAGUUAUAUUUAUACUUCUUUGAGAUAAAACUAAAUCAAAGGUGAUGGUUAAUUUCAUUUAUUAGGGAAGUGGGAUAAUAUUUUUAAAAAUACCUAAAUCUACUAGAUUGUACAUUAUGGUAUUAUGGGUCUAAGUUCUUGUCAGUGGCUUGGCAAAUCUGUCUUCUGAAACAUAUCAUCCCCAAAUGAUCACACCCACUUUCUUAAAAACAAAUAACACUAUAUUGCAGUAGAGAGUGGAAGGAAGGUGGUCUUUUUUAAAAAAUAGUGGUAGACAAAACAACAUUGAAAUACUGUAUAAAAGUGAAACACUUGAUAUCUGUAUUCUACUUGGGAGAAAGAGAUCUUAUAAAAUAUUUAAUGUACUUUGAAGUUGGUUGAUUAAUUGGGAUCUAAUGAUCUUAUAAAGUGAACUAAAGUAUUUUCUAAAUAUAUUAGGAGAUAUGAAUGAACUUUUAAAAUUUCAACCCCUUUGGUUAAAGUUAAGAAUUAGCAAAAAUUAAAAUGUUUGUAUUUGACAAAGUAUAGAUUCAGGUAACAAAUUAAAUUUGGAUUUAUAUGUGAAUGAGUUUUUGCACUGAAAUGUCUUUGCAAAUAUCUAUAUAUAAUUCUGUCAUUCUUUAUAAUUAUAUUCUAAUAAUUAUCCAUUAUACUAAGAAACUGUUAAGAUAGGAACAUAUGAGGCACUAUACUGAAUCAAGAAGGAGAAGGAAAUGGCAACCCACUCCAGUAUUCUUGCCUGGGGAAUCCCAGGGACGGGGGAGCCUGGUGGGCUACCGUCUAUGGGGUCACACAGAGUCGGACAUGACUGAAGUGACUUAGCAGCAUACUGAAUCAAACCACAAAUGAAAAGAAAAAUGUUUUUAAUAUUUAUAUAAAUAUCCAAAUUAGCCUUGAUAUGAAGCAAAAAGCCUUGUUUUCUUAAUACUCUGACUAAAAUGUUAAGGUCUGUAAUGUGGGUUGGUACAAUUCUAAUCUUAUUAGUGUUUUGUAACAGAAUGAGCUAUAUAGUCCUUACUUUUUUCCCUUAGUAUAGGAACAACGGAGAUUUCUCCUCUGCUAACUACUCAUAUAUGUAACUGUAACAAAAUAAUGCCUUGUUAUCUCCCCAUUAUACAUUAUGUAAGUGGAAGUUUUUAGUAGCCUGAUAGAAAAGUGCUACUGCUUUAAAAUUAAAAUAAAUGUGAUUUUCCUAAAAUACUCAUAUAAAAUAACAGUGCCCCAAAUUUGGGUUCAUUUGAUCCACGCAUAGCGAGAGAAUGGGAGGUAUAACAAGGUGAUUAUUACACUUAACAAAGUUAUAUGUAUGUAUUUCUUUUCUAAUUUUUGAUUAAGUUCAAUAGAAACGUGAUUGUUUUCCUAAGUUUCACACAGCUUAUCUUUGAAAACUGCAGAUAUUGUCAGGUGAGGAAUGCCUGUUUAUCUAAUUUUUGUUCCAGCAUAUUUUACUUUACACGUUGAAUAAAAUGGGAGAUUGUGCAAUGACAUGCAAA